AUGGCGCAGACCGGGGGUGCGCCAGCUCCGGAGCGCAUCGGCGGCGCUGACUUUGAUGGCCUGGGCGGCGAAGAGAAGGUGCCCAUCAUCGUCACCAAGGCUCCCACCAAGCGAAGUACUGCCAAGCUCGUGCAGCAUGUGUCAAACUUCGCCCUCACGCGCGCGGAGAUGCUUCGAGUGACACCGGCUCACCGAGUUUUGUGGGGCGUCGGCUCGGCGGUACGUGGAGGCGCCUACUCUCAAGAUGCCUACAUCUACAGCACGCCGGCGACACACAUUUCACAGUUUUGGACUCACUCCUGGCAUGGCGGUCCUUACUGCAAGAUCGCCGUGCUCCACCUGGUCUGCAGCGGACUGGCUGCCCUGGCUUGCGGCACCCUGGCGGUGGCGGUCUCGCUCGUGCCCCUAGACCGGAUGGGCGCCUCGACCCUCUGGUCGCUUUUGGUCGGCUUGCUGGUCUCCAGCCUCGCCUUGCUCACUUGGCGGCCCUCCGUGAAAGUCUUCUUCGACAAGCUUUGCAUCGCCCAACACGAUGCCAAGCUCCAAGUAGAGGGAGUGGUGAACGUGGGCGCCUGUGUGAAGAACUCCGAGUCCAUGCUCCUUUGCUGGGAUUCCACUUUCUUCGGUCGCUUGUGGUGCGUGGUGGAAGUGGCCGCCUUCUUGAAAACCCAUCACGACCCAGCGGCGCUGAGAAUUCGGCCCACGACCUGGGGGCCCACCAGCAUCGUCUUGUUCCUGACUUUCUGGGCCUGGACCGGAAUGAGCCAGAUCACGGGGUCUGUGAUCAUCGGGGACAUUGAGUGGGAGCCAUUUUCCCUGGCGCUGGUGUUCAGCGCGGCCAACGCCGUGAACCACAUGUUGUCCAUGUCCUUCAUUGCCCACUUCUGGCGUAGCCACCUUCGGGAUCUCGACAUGGCUUGCACGCAGCUCUCGGACUUCUCCUUCAAGCGGGACGUUUCCUGCCACUGCUGCGCCAUUGGCCACAUCCACCCGGUGACCGGCCGCCCUAUGGCCUGUGACCACGAAACCAUUCGCGAGUGCCUUUGCAUCUGGUUCGGUUCCGUCGAGGAAUUUGAUGUGAUCAUGCGGGACAGGAUGGCGGGCGUGUUCCAGAAGAGUUUCUGCAGGCACCCUCUGCCGUACCAUUGGAUCGUGGGAGCUACUACUCCCACACUUUGGGUUGCCAUGUGCAACGUGUUCCAGUCCAUGGCUGUUGGGACAUUCCCGUUCUUGCUCCUUUUCGCCAACCUUGCCUAUUGGUUGGCUGUAUUUCCUGUCCUCCUUCAUCUCGAGUUGAAGCUUGCACACCUGCUGCGCAGACGCCGCCGAUUUUUCUGGCAGGAGAUCGUGGUCAAUAUUGCCCUGGCGUUUGCCGGAAGCAUUGGCUUCGCAAUUUAUCUCAUCAUCGAAGCCGCUGGCAUCGUCAUGCUCGGAGAUCCCAUGAAGGGAGCAGCAGCUACCUCGCUCCUUUGGGCAGUGGUCGCUGUCUACGUCUGGUGUACAUAG